GGCGCCAUCUGACCGGAGGACUUAAAGGUUUAGGCGGGAUUGCUUCCCGCGUGAGAUUAAAGGCGCCAACAUGGGGCAUACGUCCCGCCGCGCGCAGUGUCCGCCCGGCAGCCAAGGCGGGAAUAUGUAUCUUCUCUUCCCGCGCAAACCGACUGUGGAGAAGAGGAGCGCGAGGAGCGCCGUUUGAAGACUUCUGCUUGGAGAUCCUCCGUUUGUCGCGCGCUGACUCCUGGACACGAUGCGCACGCAUGUCCUGCUGCUGCUCGCGCUGCUGGCGGGCGCUGUCAGAGGCGCGCGGGAGAAAUCGCAACUCGAGACGGCUGACCGACUCAGGACGAAGAGGGAGAUUCCUACGGGCGUCGCGCUCCGGAACACUGGGAGCUCCAUCUACAAGAGGAGCCAGGACGCCACCAAAGUGUCCAUCACCAAGUCGGACCAGCUGCUGAGUAUUGGCGACCAUGACUUCACCAUGCGGCCCAACUUCGGAGGGCCGGCCGUCCCGGUGGGGGUGGACGUCCAGGUGGAGAGUCUGGACACCAUUUCAGAGGUGGACAUGGACUUCACCAUGACUCUAUACCUGCGGCACUACUGGAAGGACAGACGUCUGUCCUUCCACAGCUCCACCAACCAGAGCAUGACCUUCGACGGGCGGCUGGUGAAGAAGAUCUGGGUUCCCGACCUGUUCUUCGUCCACUCCAAGCGCUCCUUCACCCACGACACCACCACAGACAACGUCAUGCUGAGGGUGUUCCCCGACGGAAAGGUCCUCUACAGCCUCAGGGUGACCGUGACCUCCAUGUGCAGUAUGGACCUGAGCUGCUUCCCCCUCGACACGCAGACCUGCUCCCUGGAGAUCGAGAGCUACGCCUACACGGACGAUGACCUCAUGCUGUACUGGAAGGAGGGCAACGAGUCGCUGAACACCGACGACCGCAUCUCCCUCUCCCAGUUCCUCAUCCAGGAGUUCAGGACCUCCUCCAAGCUGGCCUUCUACAGCAGCACAGGCUGGUACAACCGCCUCUACAUCAACUUCACCCUGCGGCGCCACAUCUUCUUCUUCCUGCUGCAGACCUACUUCCCCGCCACCCUGAUGGUGAUGCUCUCCUGGGUGUCCUUCUGGAUCGACCGCCGCGCCGUGCCCGCCCGUGUGCCGCUAGGUAUCACCACGGUGCUCACCAUGUCCACCAUCAUCACGGGGGUCAACGCCUCCAUGCCGCGGGUCUCCUACAUCAAGGCGGUGGACAUCUACCUCUGGGUCAGCUUCGUCUUCGUCUUCCUCUCGGUCAUCGAGUACGCCGCCGUCAACUACCUGUCGACGCGGCAAGAGAGGAGGGAGCGGCGGGUCCGGGAGCAGGACGCCAGGGAGCGGGAGCUCAGAGAGCAGCUGCCCUGUACCUGCGAGGCGCCGCGGCCCGGGGGUCCUACAGGGGGCUACGGCGAGGUGGCCGGACGCUUCGGGCUGAUGGCGUCGCUGGGGAACGGCGUGAAGCAGCGGGAGACGGUGCUGCUGCAGCUCGCCAUGGAGCGCGACCAGCUGGGCGGUCAGGUGACCGACCAGGUGACCGGUCACGUGACCUCCGGCGGCUACGAGAGCACCUGGGUCGACACGCACAUCAUUGACUCGUACGCCCGGGUGCUGUUUCCCGGCUCCUACGUGCUCUUCAACAUCAUCUACUGGUCAAUCUACUCCUAACCCCACCUACUGCUAACCCCACCUACAGCUAACCCCACCUACUGCUCACCAGGACUGCUGAGACCUUCUCCACAGGAGCAGGUAGGGGUUAGACAGUACAGAGACAGGUCAUUAGGAGCAGGUAGGGGUUAGACAGUACAGAGACAGGUCAUUAAGGAGCAGCUAGAGGUUAAGACAGUACAGAGACAGGUCAUUAAGGAGCAGCUAGGGGUUAGACAGUACAGAGACAGGUCAUUAAGGAGCAGGUAGGGGUUAGACAGUACAGAGACAGGUCGUUAAGGAGCAGCUGGGGGUCAGGGGUCAUCUUGCUCUAGGAUGUCUACAGGAAGGCUGUGGAGAUUGAUGGAUCGAACCAGAGACCUUUGGGCCGGGACAAGCCCUGCUGCUGCUGCUGCUGCUGCUGCUGCUUCAGUAAACCGUGUUCUGAACUGAAACACGUUGGACCUGCUCUGGACUCAGACUGAUGAGACAGACCAGCGUCAGGAGACGAAGAACAAGCCAGGAGAUGAAGACCCAGUCAGCACUGAGGAGUCUCCUCGAACGAGGCCGUCUGGCUCAACCGAUUCUGCAGAAUCACAAACAUUCACCCGAGGUUGAGAAGUUGUAAAAGGGGAGAAAGUGGGCCAAUGCAACGGCUAGGAAGGAUGAAAGACCUGACGUUUAGGGCAGGAGGGUGGAGAGGUGGGGUGGGGUGGAAAGAAGGGUUGGAGGAGGGGUGGGUGACAACAUUUAAUAAUUAUUUAAAUCUUAACAUUGGUGUUGACUUUUUUUCUUUCAUCUUUCAAAUUGAAUAAAAAAUGUAGUCAAUGUCAGACAUCUUUUAAUUCAAUUAAAUGAAAAGCCUCCUAUACCGGUGUCAGAGACAGAUUAUGAUUAUUUAUUUUUUUUGAUGCAAACUAUAAUUACGUUUUGGUACAGCACCUCUUCAUUCUAUACAAGGAUGAGCGAAUUUUCUCGUUUUUAAAUGAAAACAACCUACCUAUCAUUCGCUGCCUCUGGAAAAAAUAAAAUAAAAAAAUAAAAUAAAUUCCCUACCUACCCAUGACCUCAACUGACAACCAACAGGAACCAAACUUUUUUUUUUUUUGGCCUUAUCUUCCAUUUCCUUCUGGGUCUUUGCGAAGACGUUUCCUUCUUGUGUUUUGUGCCGGAUUUAGAAAUCAAGAGUUCCAUGACAAUCACAUCAAGUGGCACCUGGGAGAUUUCCAUGUUGAUUCAUGUGUGUUUAGUCAUCUAAAUAAUUAAUAAUUAAUCUGUGAGAAGUACGCUCCAUGCAGCCUACUGACUUUCCAUCCACAAGAAAUAAAAGGUCAAUAAAUGUUGAAUUAUGAAACUAAAGUCCCCUGAAAUAAAUAUAGGUCAUCCUUUGAAGAACAUCCUGUUUUGAAUAAAAAUCGAUCUAUUAUUUA